AUGCCCAUCGACAGUGCAGGUGACAGUUUGGGGAAAUCAAGCUUUGUCGACCUGCUCAACCCUAAGGACGUAGAGGCAGAGACCUUGGAGCCAAGGCAGAGUUCUAAUCUAACUUCGAUGGAGGAGUUCCUCCGCACUCCCAUUCGGAAACCUCUACCGCAGGAUUUAGCUAGGAGCCCCAAAGAAAACUCUGAAGGAGCAGUCAUUGGUAUAGAAGGAAACUCAGAAAAAGACGGUAUCCUGGAAGCCAUGAGAAGAAAGCUUUUCAAGGUGGAGAGGACUCCUGACACCUCAAAAGAUCCUGAUAUUUCAAGACAAGCAAAGAGGAAUCGUAGUGAAGAUGAAAGAAAGGGAAAGAAAAAAUGGCAAGAAAGUGAAAGAGAAGAAAAAGAAGUGGAAAUAGAACACGGACUGGAAGAGGAACAGGAAAAAGAAGAGAAAAAUGAAGAACAAUAUCCCCAGAAAAGAAUAGUCAGCAAACCCCUCAUGGACACUCUCUGGGCAAACUUUAAGUUAAACAAAUGCCCCACAAUAGGAGAUAUCCAAUCACUUGCAUUUGAAUUUAACAUGACAGUAAAACAGAUAAAGCAAUGGUUUUGUAAAAGGAGGAAGAAAUACAAUAAAGAUAUGUACAAGCAGAAACCUAAAAAAAGACCCAAAAGAUGCUGA